GUCAAAACUCACUCCUUUUUUCGUACCAUCACCUCGUGUUGAUUUGGUACUGAACCGUUGUCCGACGGUUUUUCAAGUAUUUUCCGCGGAAAAGUGCCGGAAAAUUCUCCAAAAUGAGUAUGUACAAUUUCAAAAAGAUUAUGGUGGUGCCGCCAGCAAAGGCCUUCAUCGAUAUUAUGCUAUCGAAGACCCAGCGGAAAACGCCGACCGUGGUCCAUAAGCAUUACAAAAUCAGCCGGAUCCGGGGAUUCUAUAUGCGCAAGGUGAAAUACACCCAGCAGAACUUCCACGAUCGAUUGUCGCAAAUCAUUCAAGAUUUUCCCAAGCUGGACGAUGUUCAUCCGUUCUAUGCGGAUCUGAUGAAUGUGCUGUACGAUAAGGACCAUUACAAAUUGGCACUUGGACAGCUGAAUACGGCCAGACAUUUGAUUGAUACUGUGGCAAAGGAUUACGUUCGAUUGCUGAAAUUCGGAGAUUCGCUGUACCGUUGUAAGCAGUUGAAGAAAGCCGCCCUUGGCCGAAUGGCCACUAUAAUGAAACGUCAGGCUUCCAAUCUUACCUAUCUAGAACAGGUUCGCCAGCAUCUGUCCCGUUUGCCAUCGAUUGAUCCAUACACCAGAACGAUUAUCAUUUGUGGCUUCCCGAAUGUAGGCAAAUCCAGUUUUAUCAACAAAGUCACUCGAGCAGACGUUGAAGUGCAACCCUAUGCAUUUACCACAAAGAGCUUGUACGUCGGUCAUAUGGAUUACAAAUAUCUCAGAUGGCAAGUCAUUGAUACGCCUGGAAUUCUGGAUCAUUCCCUGGAGGAGAGAAAUGUCAUUGAAAUGCAGGCCAUUACGGCCAUGGCUCACUUGAGAGCUUGCAUUCUCUAUUUCAUGGAUGUUUCCGAGCAGUGUGGUCAUUCGAUUGAGGAACAGGCAAAACUUUUCGACAGCAUCAAACCAUUGUUCGCCAACAAACCACUGCUUCUUGUCUUGAACAAAACCGAUAUUCUGACUAUGGAUGAAUUGGAUCCCGAGAAGAAGAAAAUCAUCGAAGACCUUGCAGAUGAAGCCGAGGAGAUUCCGAUUUUGCAAAUGUCUACCGUCACCGAAAAGGGAGUUAUCGAAGUCAAGACAGAAGCUUGCGAGCGUCUACUAGGCUACCGUGUGGAUCAGAAGCUGAAGGCUAAGAAGAUUGAUGGUGUGCUGAACCGGCUGCAUGUGGCCAUGCCGGAAAAACGUGAUGACAAAGAGCGUCCAGCGUGCAUACCAGAAUCAGUUCUCGCAGCCAGGGCUGCAAAUGCAGAUAAGCUCGCUCGUCGCCAACGGAAACUUGAAAAGGAAAUCGAACUGGAAAUGGGAGACGAGUACAUUCUGGACCUCAAGAAGAACUACACCGACAUUGCGGAAGAGGAACGGCAUGACGUUAUUCCAGAAUUCCUCAACGGCGUCAACAUCGCAGACUAUAUCGAUCUGGAUAUUUUCGAAAAGCUGGAAGAACUGGAACGCGAAGAAGGGCUUCGUCUGGAAGCUGGAUUCUACGAUCCUCCGCCGCUUAAUUUGGACGAAACUCUCCUGGAGAUUCGAGAAAUGGCUAAGCAAAUCCGGCUUAAACGGUUCCUGCUUAAAGAUUCUCGUAAGAUGCAACAGAAGAGUGGCCGUCCGGUUAUGCCCCGACACAAACAAGCGAUGGUUCGUGAUCGCAAGGUGGACAAUCUGCGUAAAACUAUGGAAAAUCUGGGAGUCGAUAUGGCUGGAUCCGAGCAAGCGAACUUCUCCAAGAACCAGGUUGAUAUUCGCCGUAGCAUUAUGCCAGCGGUCGGUGGCCCCAAAACACCCAAAAAGGAUCACGAAUCGUCUGCCAUUGUCAAGGCUACCGGGCAGCUGCUCAAGAGGAGAACUCCGGGACACGAGAUGGGUAUCAAGGAUGUCGUGCUCAAGAAGAAGGCGAGGGUUAUGGCCAAGCACGACAUUGCCAAGAGGGUGACGAAAUAUUCCCGCAAGGGAGAAGGCGACCGACACAUACCGGAUCUGAUGCCGAAGCAUCUGUUCGCCGGCAAACGUGGAACGGGCAAGACGGAUCGUCGAUAAGGUCAUUAAAGUCGAUUCGUAUUUAGCUCUAUCCGUUUGUGAUUAAUAUUUUAUGUGUAAGUAAGUUUCGUUCUUUAUCCUUCUACUGCUAAAUCUUUUUUUGAAAUGUAUUGAACAUGAUUGGAGCCAAUUGCUGGUUAUAAGUAAUAGUAACAUAUAAAUGCAGAUUUAUAUAUCA